AUGGCUUCAUCUCCACUGUUCCAGGCCUUGCGUGUGGCGUACAAUGAUGAUUCUCCAGAGGGCUACUGGGGAGAAAAAACCUCAACUCUGAAUUUUUGCGAAGAGGACUAUGUAGUUUCUUAUUACUGUGCUGAAGUUUGCAAUACCUUGACCAACCUCUUGUUCCUGUGGCUUGGCUUCAAAGGCGUACAUAAUUGCGUAUCUCAGGGCCACCCACGCAUUUUCCUAGUCGCAUAUCUCGGAUACGUUAUCGUUGGACUGGGCUCUACGGCCUUCCACACAUCCUUGAAGUGUUCGUCCUCACUCCUCGCUCAGGACAUCUUCUGCUAUCUGCACGCGGAGUACUGGACUGACAAAAUUACUUGGCUAGACCCUAUGCAGCUUAUCGACGAGCUAUCCAUGAUAUACACCACGUGUCUCAUGGUCUUUGCAACAUUUUCAUUCUCCAAGUCUAGCAGAUUUUCGGUCUUGUUGGGCGGCGGUCUCGUCCUCUUGGCUGGUCUUAUCACGUCCUACUACCACAUCACCAAAGAUCCGGCUUUCCACCAGGCCUGCUAUGCAGCGUUGACAGCAACGGUUGUUUUACGCAGCUUGUAUGUCAUGGAGACGCAGCUGCGGCCAGUUCUGGCACGAAGAAACAAGGACAAGGCCGAUCUCAUUCUCAAAACCAUGUGGAUCAUGGUUGGAACAGGACUCAGUGUCUUCCUCAUGGGGUUUCUCAUCUGGAAUAUUGACAAUGCGUUUUGCAGCCAAAUAAGACAAUGGCGACGACAGCUUGGUUUGCCUUGGGGCGCACUGCUAGAGGGUCAUGCUUGGUGGCACUUGAUGACAGGUGUUGCUUACUACUACAUUACAUGGGGCAUAUGGCUACGCAGAUGUCUCGAGGGCCGCGAAGAUGAGUACAAACUCGUCUGGCCAAGGUCCCUUUCGUCGAUACCGCUAGUGGUCAAAGCAGAGAAGUCGGACUAA